UACAGUCAGGUGUCCAGUCUAGGUAGGAAUCUUGCUCGUUUCCCAUCUUACACCACACCCAGCGUUGUAGGUCCCCUUUCGACUCUCCUGGCUGCAGAUUCGUACAGGAAUUACUAGUUUAUUCAGGGAACUACAUCGGACAAACGGGGCCAAUUCGGGAUCCCCGAUUUGCUAUAAUUUCUGGGGAACGCUACGGCUUGAGAAUUGCCUCUAGUUGUGGGUGCUAGGAGUGUAAAAUCUGCGUUUUUCCGCGCUGGUCACAAUCCCCACAGCAACUGAAUUGCAGCCUGGCCGGCAUAGACCCCAUUCAACAUGGCUUGUUGUUUGAGCGAAGAAGCUAAAGAAGCCAAGAGAAUCAACCAAGAAAUUGAGAAACAGCUACGCAAAGAUAAACGCGAUGCGCGUCGAGAGCUCAAGCUACUUCUUCUUGGUACUGGGGAGAGUGGGAAGAGUACGUUUAUCAAACAGAUGAGGAUUAUCCAUGGGUCGGGCUACUCAGAAGAAGACCGGAAAACAUUCACCAAACUGGUAUACCAGAACAUCUUCAUGGCGGCAAAUGCAAUGAUCAGGGCCAUGGACACAUUGAAGAUUCCCUACGGUGACCCGUCAAAUGAGAGAAAGUCGGCAGAUGUUAGAUUAAUAGACCAUGAGACAGUAACACAGUUCGUAGAACCAAACGUAACGUACAUAGAAAGUAUAUGGGCCGAUUCAGGUAUACAGGAGUGCUACGACAGAAGAAGAGAAUACCAGCUCACAGAUUCAGCAAAAUACUACCUUUCCGAUUUAAGGCGAAUUGCUAAUGCAAACUACGUUCCCACAGAACAAGAUGUAUUGAGAGUACGAGUGCCUACGACAGGCAUCAUCGAGUACCCAUUCGAUUUAGACUCCAUUAUUUUCAGAAUGGUCGACGUAGGAGGUCAGAGAUCAGAGCGACGUAAGUGGAUUCACUGCUUCGAGAACGUCACAUCCAUCAUGUUCCUAGUCGCCUUAAGUGAAUAUGACCAAGUCUUGGUUGAAUCAGAUAGUGAGAAUCGGAUGGAGGAGAGCAAAGCGUUGUUUAGGACAAUUAUCACAUAUCCCUGGUUCCAGAACUCAUCGGUUAUCCUGUUCCUCAACAAGAAAGACCUACUGGAGGAGAAGAUCAUGCACUCACAUCUCGUAGAUUACUUCCCAGAGUUUGACGGUCCACAGCGUGAUGCCCAGGCAGCCAGGGAAUUUAUCCUGAAGAUGUUCGUGGAGCUGAACCCAGACAGCGAUAAGAUCAUCUAUUCCCAUUUUACCUGCGCCACCGACACGGAGAAUAUUCGCUUUGUGUUUGCGGCCGUCAAGGAUACCAUCCUCCAGUUGAAUCUCAAGGAGUACAACCUGGUGUAGUGUUUUAGAGUGAGAGCGAGGGAGAGAGAGCGUGAUUUGUUGUCCACCGGCCGACCCAGUGUGAGCCGUCAUCUCACCCAGAGGCCGGGGGGUCCUAGCCACGUAGCCUUUUGUUGUAUUUUCAAUCACGCUAGCCAUUUUUUCUACGACUGUUGUUACAACGUAACACGUCACCGAAUGACUGUCACGAAUGUGUAAAAGUUGCAGUCUUGCGUACAUGAACGGUGAAAACACACUAGGGCAACACUUUCGUGCGGAUUUUAAAAAAAAACAUUUUUUGUCUUGGAAGUUUUCUUUGUUUUUUAACAGUGAGGGAGUGAGAGAAAUUGUCACCAAAAAAAGGAUAACAUUUUGGGGACCGUUUUCAGACUUUUUUUAAAACAACGUGCCGGCACGUUUUGGACUUUCUGGAAAAAGUUGUUCAGUAAAAGAAAAAAAAAGUAAAAGCAACUGGCAUCAAGAAGAGCAGGUCUUUAUUGAUUUAUUCAACUGGAAGUUCAAGCGUGAGGAAGUUGUUGCUGAUUGUGUGGAAUUUUUUUUUUCCUUUUUGGGGGAAAAAACCCCAAAUCAAAACACCGGACACCACCAGCACAGAACCGGUUCCCACCAUUCUUUUGGCCGGUUCCCUGCAUCAUGUACGCAGCAGCUGCCCAUGGGACACUGGCAUUUUUUUCUGGACAGUGUCCUUAUUUGGACAUUUUUAAAACAAAAAGAAAUAAAAACGAUGACGCCCGCAAUUUGGUGCUGCAUGCAGCCCCCGCCGCGGAACCACUAGCUGUCUCAUAUUGGUACACUUUGAUUGAAAGCUCUGCAUUUUCAAUGUUAGGAAAACAUUCACACACACACAAAAAACCCAAAAGGAAAAAGGAAGAAAAAGAAUAGAUAUAUGUACCCGAGUCAGAAACCAGACAGCUUGCUGGACGUCAGACUUUUUAUCGAUAUUCCCUGGAUGAUGUCUACAAAUAUCAGUACAGUGGAGAUACUCAGUUUCAUCUCUUGUUUUUUUUUGUCCAAAUGUUUAAUAUUUAAGUAAUUUUCUUUUAUAUAUAUAUAUAUAUUUAAAAAAACUGAAAAUAUUUUACUUCUGUGAUACUAGUUUAUCUUCUGAUUAAUGGCAAUUGUUUUUUUGGUUUUUUUUUUGGUUUUUUUUUUAGCAAGGAAUCAGCAGACGAUCUUCGUUUUUGUUUCCAUUGAUACUGCCACACACGCCCAUUGGGCAAGUUGUGACCUCAAAUGACCUCAAAUGACCUUGAGGUCAGGGGUCAGAAUUGGUAUGUGGUUGACAUUUGUGUGUCAGGCUCACUUGCCAGUGUACAAAAGAAAAAAACAAAAUUGUUACUAACGCCUUUUAAUUGCAUAGUGCUGUUUUAUUGUUUAGCUGACGCAUGGAAAUCGAGUUGUUCGUUUUGUUUGACAACUCCGUCGAAAGUCGAACUGAUGCAAUUUUUAAGAAAAUGGGAAAUGGGAUCCAGCGGAGGAAUUGACAGAAUUAACGUAAGCUUCCGGCAAAACCUUUGUGGAGGAUAGACACGCAAACAAACAAACCAGAAUCACACGGGCAAUGGUGAAGAAAAAAAAUCCAGUAUUUCAUAGACGUUUUUAAGAUGAAUUGGGUUUGGCCAAACCAUUAGUGUCUUACAGCUAAAAAAAAAACACAGAAAAAUACACAAAAGUAUUGCAAGUUCACAUAAAGCGAAAUAACACAGUCUUUUUUUUGUUAAUUAUUAUAAAAUACACCCUGUUAGACCACCUUGUGUCAAUUUUGGGAAGGGGGGGGGGGUGGGGGUGGUUAUAUUGAAUAUAUAGGGAAACCGGGUAGUGUUGUAUUGUCGCUAGGAUUCUUGUAGGUUUAUUAGUGGUGCUAGAUUUCAUCCAAUUGGUGGUCUGUGUUGAAUCAUAAAUGAAAAAAAAAUAUUGUAAUUGUGUUGGCAUAACAUACAGUGAGAGAGAUAAGAUGAAAACGAAUAAAAUGUUUUAGGCACUAAGAUAUGUACUCUUCGUCAAAUUUCGUUAACCAUAUUUUUUUUUUUAAUCACAAUCUCGGUGUUGAUAUUGAUAAUGUUAAUAUUAAUGGAAUGGAAGUGAAAACAAAAAAAAUGGUGUUUUACCAUGACAACGAUGGCCACCCUUUACAGGUUGACCUUUUUUUCUAAUGUUGAUAAUGUCCUUGCUCUUGGGGGUUAGUCAUUUCGGGGAAACUUGUUGAAUAUUCAACAUUUGUUCACCGCUCAUUUUAGCUCAAUAUUUUUAUUAUUUGUUUUUUAAAAUUGAUGUGAACUUCCCCUCUCACUUUUUGGAGUGGGCCCAUUUUUAUGGAAUGAAUGUUAUUUGUUUGAAAAUUGAAAUGCACAAAUGCCUACUCAUUUAAAAUUGUAAGUACUAGCCUAUUUAUUAAAUUUGUUUUUAGUGUUGUUCCAUUUUUUUUUUUUUUUUGGUUUUUUUUUUUUUUAAAUUAAUGAUACAAUGAAUCCCUUGCCAUAAUGCCGCAACUGUGGGGCUCCUCUCCCCUCCCCUUCCGAAGAAAAAGAAUAAAUAAAGAAACGACAGACACAGACGGAAAAAUGCGCUCAACGCCGGACUAGUAAUCAUGACAAUAAUAGCCAUUAAAAUAUUUAGCUACAGAUUAUUAUGAAAACAAAUUAAUUGCUGUAUAGAUCUGUAAUUUGGGUUACAAACACGUGAAAACGACAAAGUGUAGGAUACUGGUGCCGUUAAUCAAUGUAGUCAGUUUAAGGCAAGCAGCGAGGAUUUGAAGUUUGUUUCCGAACUAUCCCCACGCAGCCUUAAUGUCUGUUCAUUGUAUUCAUUUGUUUUAAAAAAGAAAAAAAAAGUGCUGGCAGAUUUUGAAUUUUUUGAAAAAAAAGUUUAAAAGUAAAUAAAAACCUUCAAAGGGACCAAACCAAAAAAAAAAAAGUUAAAAAAAUUAUUUAAAAAACAAAUUGCCGAUUUUGAAGGCAGGUAUGCAUACGUUGAUGAAUUUAAACAAAACCUUGCAAACUAUGUAUAAGUAAAUGUAAACAAGAAUCGGACACGAUCGUCGUCACAACAAAAAACUGCCCUUCACUACUUCUGUCAUAAACACAUACAAUAGAUUUAGAUCCGAUGAAGAAUAACAGGCCUUUUUAAAUUGGUCCAUGCAUGUAUUACUGUACAGUUGGUGUAUAACUUAAGAUUAGUAGUUAAUAAGGAUUAAAAUUAAAAAAAAAAAAUAGAAAAAAAAAGAUGUCGUUUAUUUAGAAGUGCACUGCUGUCUGCCUGGCCUAAAACAUGAGUUUUGGGGUCCCUGGUUUUGUUUCUUGUACUGUGUGUUGCUAUUUAAAAAAAAAUCAUAUGUAUAUAAAUAAAUAUGGACCCAUAUGUAUUUAUAUAUGUAUCAUCAUUUGGCAUCAAAGGAUGUGAGUAUAUAUAUCUAUGCCUUGAACGAUUACACUGUUUUUAGUCCAAGACAAAAAUGUGGUUUUUUUGGUUGUGUAUAUUCCGCACUUGAAUAAGUUCACAAACAAUUUUGUCUUCAUGUGUGGAGUAUUGAAGGGGCAUAGGUCACAUCCCAGUGCUUGAUGUUAAACAUGAAUGAAUCCCACAGAUUGUUAACCAAUACUUAAAUCAGUACUAUGCAGAACUGAACGAUAGUUGAAAUUGAAUUUUUGGUUGAAGGGGGGGGGGGGCAAAAAGGUGGGGGAGAUACUGAGGUUGAACGGUUACACCAAAUUCGUCCAACUCAUUUACAAAGCAAUCCACUUUUAAGUUUUUUCUUACGGAUGGGGUGCUUGAAAGAGUAAAAUCAGGUGAAAGUUUGAAAGAAAGAAGAAAAAAAAAUCUUGCGCUGGUCUCACUUCUGAUCCCCCAAUCUCGUAAGGUUGCUCAUUUGUUUUGAUAUCAGAGCAAAAGCUUAACAGAAAUGAUGUAGGAAAAGGGAAGAAUAUCUGAUCGGAAAUUUGUCGGAGUUCCAUACUGCGAUGGCGUUGAAAAGAUCCGAAUCGCAACCACACAAAAACGAGCGUUGGUGAACAUUUGUGCUUUUUGACUUCACUGAAAUGAAAGGAUUUUAGGUGAUGUGUUAAAAGUUUGAGCAGUACUUGUGCAAACCCAAGACCAGGCCCCUUUCACUUUUUUUUUGUUUUUGUUUGUCUGCUUUACGGUUUUCUCUCAGUUACGUGCUUACUAUGAAAUAGGCCAGAAUUUCUGGGGAAUUUUUAAGGCAGAUUUUUUGGAUCAUUAAGUGUGCAGUACUAUGAUGGUAGUUGGCAAGGGGACAAGUAAAAGCCGGUCUGAACCAGUUUGGUUUUAAUCCCAUGCAGUUGGAGCAGAAUGAUGCAAUUUCUUAGUCUGGUACCUCUUUGUGCUACGUAUGGAAAAGCAUACCGAUUGAGUUUGGAUACUUAUGCACACGGCCGCUGGCUGCCUGCCACUGCUAAAUGUUGACUUGUUGAAACUGUCUGCCUUUAGUUAAGAACUUUGCCGAGCAAUUCAUUUCCCAAUUGGUUGAUUGUUAAGCAAGCGCAUUACAGCUUUUGUCGAGGGUUUUCAAAAGAAACAAAAAAAGACGAGGGAAACAAAACAAGAAUUUGCAUAAAUGCAUGAAUUCACAGGAAUUGCUUUGCAAAAGUAUGCAGCACCAACUUUAAUUCUUGAGACGCUUUCCUUUCUUUUCCAUCCACUGUCCCGUACUUGACAUUUCAAACUCAUAAAAAUUGAACCCCGUACUUCCCAAAGAGUAUUGUAAACCAGACGAUAAAAAACUGGUGGCAUUUUCUCUAGACCACCUUGUUUGUUGUGUUUUUUGGUUCCCUAAAAGUUGUCAAGAAUCAUUUAUUUAAGCAGCUGUGCAGACUCUUUUUAAAAAAGUACAGUAAAAGGGGGGAUGUUUGGGAACGUAACGUAAGAUUUUACAAUGUAUAUGUAUAUAUUCAUAGAUACAUGGUAAACUUUGAUGGGUGGUUACGCGUUGAUGUGUGUACACGUUGUAACACGGACGCUGUUUGAUAAUGCGUUAUCCACCUUCACUUUUUUGGCAGCAGGGUUCAUGUUGGGAAUGUACUAUUAAGAAAUGUGAAUGUUAGAACGUAUUGCAGAAGUUGUACCGUAGGAUUUGUCAAAAAAGAAACAUUAAAAAAAAUUUAAGCUGCCUGCUGUUGUCGAAGAUAUUAAAAAAAAAGUUAUUGAUAUUUUUAUUUUUAUUUCUUUUUCUUUUUCUGCAUGUCAGUUUUACAAGUUCAAGCAUAGUAAGGUUGAAGGUACGUAGCAGCGAUCACGGUUGUUUUUCGGAACAGUGUUUUCUUUUUUUCUUGUGGAAGUAUAAGGUACGAGUUUGCAGACUUUUUGAAAGUGUAUAGGUUUAAUGUACACGAGCACAUAAAGUACAUAACAGUACACAUCUUGAGAAUUCAUGUACUUUAAAAAAAAAAAAAAUUGUGAAAAUGAGUGUGAAGAAUGCUUGUAUAACUGUGGGGAUGUUUCUUGCCAAAAAUCUUUGGGAAGGGGAGGGGGGUGGUGAUAUUUAGCAACAGAAGGGGAGGAAACAAACUGACUUUUUCAGUAUUUUUUGUUUUCUCUUUAGAUUAAAGUAUAAUAAUGAGUAAUAUUGUCGGAUCUUAACUUGGUCUACAUGUACCUUUUUAAGUUAACAUUUGUACUGUUGUACCUGGUAAGUAAUUCUAGUCUGUUGUAAAAGUGUGUGAUCGGAGGAAUCUUUUUAAGACAAAAAGGUGUUGAAUAUGUACUGUUUUAAAUGCGUCUGGUCAGUUAAACCAUGCCUUGGCUUUUUUGGAAUCUCCUAAAAAGAAUUUCAUGGUCUUUUGUUCUUCUGAUUUUUACUUUUAAUUAUUUUUUUUUACCACAUCGUCCGAAGACUUGUACCUUAAAAUUUGGUGCGUUUGAGGCACAUUUAUAGUGCUGUGUUCUAAGGGGCCAUGUGGUAAAAAAAAAUGUAUUAAACCAAAAUGUUCAAGUAUUUUAUGUUUUCUCGACCUGUUACCUUGGUAACUGCUCGGGGCGUUUGAUUGUAAAUUGUUGAUGUAGGAAAAACCAUUUUUUAGCGAAGCUACACUUGUGAAGGACUGAUUGCAGUGUUGGGGCUAAGCUGUCGUAGCUAUUCAUAAAAAAAGAACACCACUUAUUUAUAUUUGAUCUGUAAUUAUGAAAAAAAAAAGAUGAUUAAAUGUGCAUUUUUUUGUCUGUUUUCACCCCAAGCUUUGAGUUUUAUCCAAGAGAGAGGCAUAAACUUCCUAUAGACAGUCCAACUUACAUACUUUUUGGUUGUAUUUUGUUUUAAACCGUGGACAAUAAUAUUUUUAGUUAAUUAGCAGCUAACUUUUAUUUCACGGCUGUUAAUAAUUAUUUUUUUGUUAAUUUAAUGGUUCAAUAUCAGCAUUGUUAGGUUUCAAGCUCAUAUCCCAGAACGUACUGUUGGCUAUUCCGAGCGUUAAGAAAUUGAAAGUUUGUAAAAAUCCGAUUUUGUUUUCUGAUGGGAGACAAAAGAAAAGAAAAAAAAUCAUUAUUUAGAAUUGAAUUUUUUGUCUAUUGCCAGGUUUUAAUGCUACGUUACAUUCUUGUUGGUGCAAUUAUUUUGUGCUUAUCUUCACUCACCUAGCUUUCUGUGAUAAAAAUUAAAAAAAAACUAAAAAAAAAAAAUAAUAAUAAUAAUAAUAAUUAGUGUUUUUUGGAGAAAAAAAAAAUAAUGAUGGCAGGUCUUUUAGAUGAUUGAGAGGAGACUUCACAAUGUGAUCAUGUUAUUUUUUAUUGUUAAUAGACUAUUAACUAUUGUACGUCCAUAUUUUUAAGUUCCUGUUGGCAUGCAUUGCUUGUCGUUAUUAAAAGUCCUGCAGAAAAUUG